AUGCCUGUUGUUGGACAGUAUCACUACAGUACAAUGGGUUUACACAAUAAAACAGUUACAUCAAAUGAUCAUGCUAAUGAUCUCAAUUGUUCUCAAUGGGAAGAAGCAAUUAUUAAAGCACAACGUACGCCUGACACUCCAUUCGAUUUAAUGCAACAAGAAACUAUCAAUCAGAUACACAACAAUAUUCAAAAUCAUAUGAAAUAUAAACCAACACUAAUUUCACGUGAAUACAAUAAGAAAAUACAUUAA